GCGCCGCAGUCGGCGCCCCAUCGCCGGCUCUGACAUGGAGGAGGGGGGAGCUGGUCCGGGGAGCCCCCUCCCGCCCGCCAUGAAGGCAGAGACCGCGACCGCGGCGCAGGAGCCCCCGGCCGGGCCCAGCCUCAGUCUCAGUCACCUGCUGAGUAGCCGGAAGCUGGUGGCCCUGGGGGCCGUGCUCGGCUGGCUCCUGGUCAUCCACCUCCUGGUCAACGUGUGGCUCCUGUGCCUUCUGUCUGCGCUGCUGCUGGUGCUGGGAGGAUGGCUGGGCUCCGACGUCAUCGUGGGGCCUUCGGGUCGGCUGCACCUGGAGCGCUUCAUCCCCAUGGCCGUCUGCCCCCCACACCCCGAGGCCGAGAGGCAGCUGGAGCAGGAGAUCGACCGCACCAUCCGGAUGGUCAUGCGGGACUUCGUGUCGUCCUGGUAUCGCACGGUGAGCCAGGAGCCCGCCUUUGAGGAGGAAAUGGAGGCAGCCAUGCGAGGGUUGGUCCAGGAGCUCCGGAGGAGGAUGGCCAGGGUGGACAGCCAUGCUCUUGCCCAGAGGGUUCUGACUCUCUGUGGUUGUCACCUGCAGAGCUAUCUUCAGGCAAAGGAGGCCACGGCAGGGAAGCAGAGUGGCACAGAUGAGCCCUCCCAGCUCUGGGAGGCUUACUGCCAGGCCACCACCCCACAUCCUGCAGUACAGAGUCCCAGGGCCGAGGUCGCCUACACACGUGGCAUCGUGAACGUGUUGCUUCAAGGCCUAGUGCCAAAGCCCCACUUGGAGACCCGGACCGGCCGCCAUGUGGUGGUGGAACUCGUUACGUGCAAUGUCAUCUUACCACUGAUCAGCAAGCUCUCGGACCCAGACUGGAUCCACCUUGUGCUGGUGGGCAUCUUCUCCAAGACCAGAAGCGGCCCAGAGGGAGUGGGUAAACCACUGUGUCCAGCCAGUGCCCGGGAACAGCCCGCAGUGCCCACAUCUCUGCCACUGAUUGUGGAGGUCCAGAGUCUAGCAGAUGCGAGAGCCCCUUCUCCAGCCCCAGUGCUCAUAAACUGUGGUGAGCCUUCACACCCCUCCCCAGAAGUUGAAGAAGGCCAUGAAGCACUGGAGGGAGAUUUGGGGGGGGUGCUAGAAGAGAGAGAAGUAGGAAACAAUUCUUCUCCCUUCCUACAGCCUCUGUUCUUAUCCGAAGACACGGAGCUGGAGUCUCCGUUGUCUGAACUGGGCAAAGAAACCAUCAUGCUCAUGAACCCAGGCAACUUCCUCUCUGCCACGAUUCAGGACUCCCUGUGUGCCCUAGGGGGUUCCCAGUCUCUGGAGUCUAAGGGUGAUGAGGGGUCCGAAGGAAUUGAAGGAGCAGAAGCUGAGGAGGGUCCAGGAACAGAAACAGAGACCGGCCUGCUUGUCUCCAUGCUGAAUUCCUGCCCAGAGAUCCAGAUUGACACAGCAGACAAGGAAGUAGAGCAGGGAGAUGUCACCUCUCUUACAGCUUUGCUGGCCAGUCCGGAAAGGAUGUGUCCCCCACGACCCUCAUGCUUAGAGAAAGAUCUCACCAAUGGUGUGAGCUCCCUAGAUCCUAGUCUCCCACAGGUCCUGCUCUCCUCCUCUCCACCUGGUCCCCUCAGCUCAGCCACAUUCAGCUUUGAGCCCCUGAGCAGUCCAGAUGGCCCCGUUAUCAUCCAGAACCUUCGUAUUACCGGCACCAUUACUGCUCGAGAGCACAGCGGCACCGGAUUCCACCCAUACACGCUCUACACGGUGAAGUAUGAGACGGCCCUUGACGGCGAGAACAGCAGUGGCCUGCAGCAGCUGGCCUACCACACCGUGAACCGCCGUUACCGUGAGUUCCUGAAUCUGCAGACCCGUCUGGAGGAGAAAUCCGAUCUACGAAAGUUCAUCAAAAAUGUGAAGGGUCCUAAGAAGCUCUUUCCAGAUCUUCCAUUUGGAAACAUGGAUAGUGACAGAGUGGAAGCCCGCAAGAGCCUCUUGGAAUCAUUCCUGAAGCAACUCUGUGCCAUUCCUGAGAUCGCUAACAGUGAGGAGAUGCAGGAGUUCCUUGCUCUGAACACAGAUGCUCGUAUUGCCUUUGUCAAGAAACCUUUCAUGGUCUCCAGAAUAGACAAGCCACGUACUGUACGCGUUGUUGAUGAUACAGGAGUGAACAAGACAGAUGUGGACCCUCACCACAGACUGCCAUCCUGUGAGCCGAGAGAGCGAGUUGUGGUGGUGAGCGCUAUCGUGGACACCUUGAAGACAGCAUUUCCUCGCUCUGAGCCCCAGAGCCCCACAGAGGAGCUGAGUGAGGCCGAGACAGAAAGCAAGCCCCAGCCAGAAGGCAAGAAGGCUACCAAGUCCAGACUGAGGUUCUCAUCCAGUAAAAUUGCUCCAGCACUGAAUGUAACUGAGGCACACGAGAAGAUUCUCUAUUGUCUCCGGGAAGGCAGUGUGGAGUCAGAGAUCCUCUCGAUGUCUGGGAUGGAAUCCUUUAUUGAAAAGCAGACAAAGUUACUAGAAACGCAGCCAGCAGAGGCCCCAGGAAAAGAUUCUGAACAAAUCUCCAAGGGAUGUGUGGAUGACUGUGUGUCAGGUGCAGCCGUGCCAGCCCAAGACCUCAGCAACAGUGAUCCAGGAACAGAGACGGAGUUGGCUGACACAGCCCUGGAUCUGCUUCUCUUGCUACUGAUGGAACAGUGGAGAUGGCUAUGUACGGAGAACGUGCAGAAAGUUAUUCGUCUCAUCUUUGGGACCCUGAUUCAGAGGGCCGCACGUGAGGCCUUUCAAGGGGACUUUAUACCAAUGGACUCGUCUGCGAAGGCAGCGACCGGAGCAUCCCCGCGUCUGACAGCAGACGGCAGACCACCUGGUCUCCCUGCAGCACAGACAAGCACAGGUUCUGUACAGGGUGCAGCACUGUUCUCCAGGUUCACUGGUGCUGCUGGAAUCAAGUUGCACCUUUCCUCACGAGAAGAACUUGGAGUCAGGCUAAGUUCCUCCCCUUUCCGUCCCCAUACCCUGACAGUUCCACUGGAACCACACCUGGUUAGCUGGGUAGAUGGCUGUCUGGUGACUGCAGCUCAUGCCAUAAACAAAAUCGGGGGGAGGGCUUGUGGCUGAAUUUCCCUUGACUUUCUUCUCUUUUCACUUUUUAAUUGGGUGGCAUCUUUUUCUGUUGUUAAAGGGAGAAAAUUCUGAAAGUUUAUAAUGAAUUUGAAUGAAGCCAAAAUGAGUACUGUGCAAGAAUAGAAUUUUGUGGCUAGUUACUUUUGGAAAACCCUCUGUGACUGUGGUCUGUUAACCUCUGUUCAUCCUAGGUAUUUCCAAGUGAUGAUAUUUUGUACUUGUUGAGUUGCCCCAUAUUUCUUCCUGUCAGAAAGUUCUUAUAUCUAAUAAAACUUUAUUCUUAA